AUGGCCUUGCUGAUAUUCCUUAGUUCGAUGGUCACCAUAAGCGUUGUAGCAUUCUCAAGCGCAGAGGAAUCCUGUUUGAAGCUCAAUACAUGUGUGUGUAUGUUCAGUAAUAAGUCAAUAGUUGACUUAUGGCCGGUGGACGGAUCUUCCAAACCGAGGUAAAAAACCUUUCAUAUUCAUAUUCUGAAUUGUUAAAAAAAGCACGUUGAUUUGAUUGCAUUUGCUUUGCUCUGUAUUUUGGGGAGAAAGAAGCGCAGAGAAUCCCAUUUCCAUCCUCAUGCGCAAAUUAUGCUUUAUUAUAAAGAUCUUAGUUAACUUUAUUCUCUAUAGCUAUACUAGACAUACUUGAUAUACUGGAUGUACUCAUACCGCAGGCAAACUAAUUAGCCAAAAAACAUAAAAGUUGUUUUCUUUAUCAUCCUUCAGGGGAAAAUUAUUAUAAUAAUGCCAGUGUAAUGUGUUGUUCUCCGAUGGGGUCAAAGGGGCUUUUGCGUGAUAAGGGAUUAAGUGCUUUUCAUUUUCGUGAAAGGUGAACACAAAACGAAAUUAAAACUCGAGAACUGUAAAUGGUUUGCUUGUCGUGAUACGUGAACUUUUAAAUCUUUUAUCCGAUAUUCGUGAUUUUCAACUAAUUUUUGCGUGAAAAUGGAUGGUAAGUUGAAACUGAAGAAAAAUUUUACUGAAGCCAGUGGACCUUCAAAUGAACUUGUCUUAAUAGUCCUGAAGGACUUUACGUCGUUCCCUCAUAUGUCCUAAAUGACCUUAAAAGCCUUUAUCGGCUCCUGUUUCACCCACCGAGUCCCGAGCUUGAAAAGAAUUUCCGUAAAGUCAGUAUUUGCUAGCCUGUGUUGCAACCGGCCCGCGCACUCGUCAAAACCAUUUGUAUAGUCUAUACAGAAGGUUGAGAACGUCUGCUACGCAGGCAAGUACUUGUCAAUCAAUCAUAAUUCAGCUCUUAUCUUUGUGGAGCUAACACGCGUGGGGUUUUCGGGUGGGCAUCUUAGCUUAGGGGCAGUGGCCGACAGUGACACUGAGCAAGUUUUUAAAUUAUAGGGACAAAUAGCAGAGUUUCCGCGCGCGCGCGCUAGUCCCAUACCUAAGAGAAAAUGGGAACCCAUCGAUAUCAUCGAUACCAGAAAAUUUGGUUAUAAUGACGUCACCGUACGCCCGUACGUCCGUACGAACUUUGGAGGAGGGGAAGGGAGUAAGGAGUCAGCCCGACUAGGGAAGGGUUAUACGUUUGCUAGCGCUACAUUUUUUCGGCGGGAAACGCUUUUGGGCAACCUGCUUUCUGUUUGGCGGGAAAUCGCGUGGCCAUCGUCGCUCUGAAAAAAAGGUUUUCUCUUUAUGAAAUAGUUGACAGCUGUAUUUUAAUGUAUACAUUGACGUGGAUAACAGGAAAAGAACAGGAGCCCAUAUGGGCUCCUGGAAAGAGCUAGAGCGAGAGAUAAAAAACAAAGGAGACAAAUUUCGAUGGAAGAAAAACAUGAAAAAUUUAUAGCCGCGGUGAGAAAAUGCGAAAUGCUAACGGCCACGAAGGUGAAAACUAGCGGCAGCAAAAGAAAAGUGAACAAGAACACAUACAAAAUUUCCUCCAUAGAACGUGUAACAAGAAAGUUUCUGGAAAUUUCGAUUCAGGUUGUAGUGGAGCAAAACAACGGCAGCGAAAUGUACAAAAAAAGUGUUCUGCACGUGCAAAGUUGUUUUUUUGCUAAUUAAACCUACUGGUUUAUUUUGGCUGUCUUCGUUGCCGUCGCCGCUUAGCAUUACACGACUUUAUAUUUUGUUUGAGUAAACUAUAGAUAUUAACUGGGAGCUUCGCUUUGAGCCCUGCCUAAAUCUAUAUGACGUCCUAUGUAUUAAAUUAUGUAGAUCGCAUGGGUUUUCUUGGAGGUAAAGAACGAAUUCGAAUACCUACAAUAAGCAUUCAUUCCUCGAAGCUCUUCUAAGCGGUACAUCAUUGAAUACACUGGUUUCAAAGCUGAGUCCCAAAAGCGUGGUCUAGGAUCCCCGACUGAAAUAACUGAAACUCUGUUAGAAAAGUUCUCAGAAGGGAGCAAAGCUUAUGCGUUAAACAACGACAAAAAUAAUUAAGAUGAAAUGAAUUUUCGAUGAGCAGUUACACUUCGUAGCGGAAGAAUGGUCAAAGCCAAGUCAAAGUUCUUAAAAAAUCAUUUCUUACUAGAUUGUAAGGCUUAUUCUCAGAUCAGAGACAUAUUUUUCUCCAAACUAGAAACUAAAAUACCUGACUUCAAAUCACUUUCACACGAUACUUUAAUAUCUCUUCUUAUGAAUUCUUCUCAUUAUCAUCAAUUAGUUUCAUUUAUCUCGCAAUGUUUUGAAUUAAGAACCAAAUUGAUAUCAAUGAAUGAAUAAAUGAGAACUGUAACGUUUUGUAAUGUUUUGCACGUACUAAUUAGUUGAAUUAGUACUUAAAUUUAGACUAAUAGCUUUUGCAAUACUGUAAUUCCUUUAUGGUCAUGCAAAUAAAGCAUUUCGUGUUGUUGUUGUCUAAGUUUCCCUUUAAUAUUUAGACUUAUUUCGUGGAUAGUAAAUAAAUAAGACAAUGGAAUUAAGGUUAAAUGUUUAUAGUACUAUCUGUCAGUAUUAGUCAUCAUCAGUUUACCGGUACCCUCACCUACAUUGUAUGUUCACCUGACUUGUCUACUGCCUCUGUUACUUCUAUUUCUCUGCGAUAGCUCGCAGGGUAUGCGGCGAGAGGCUCAAAAGGCAAAACAUCAACCGUACUGAUGGCCGAAUUUAUACAAGAGACGAAUUAUCCGUGUAGACGUACCCGUCUCAGACGGAUAAUUCGUCUCUGGUAUAAAUUCGGUGCUAUUAAGACGAAUUAUGAAGCAAAAUUCGUCUGAGGCUGAUUCGUCAGUUAGCACGUCUUGAAGACGUGCAAACAGACGGAUAAUUCGUCUUAGACGGAUUAUCCGUCUCUAAAUUUAUAUCUAGACGGAACUUAGACAUGCAGUUUUUUGACGAAGUUUCCACGUGAGAGGGACUGGUUUCUUUAUUUUGGCAAUGUUUCCUAGGAUAAAUAAAUAUUUUCGAGACAAAUUAUUCGUCAACGAAAUUUAUCCGUGUUCGGAUUGAUACUUCGACGAAUUAUACGUCUGAUGGAUAAUCCGUCUAGACUUAUAACUUGUCUCUAUAGUAUAAAUUCGGCCAUCAACUCUGCAGACAGCAGCAUUCUGAACAGGUGUAGCCAUCCGCUGCCCUUUUACUUCGUAAAAAUUCUGUGAAACGUGAACACGGAAUUUUAAUCACAAUGAUGAGUUAUUUUUACUUUUUAAAGUCCGUGAUACGAGCGUAAGACCCUCCCUUUUACCCCUCCCCCCUCUCUUCUCCCUUUCAUGCAGUUUGCUCUCCGCACAUUACAACGUCGACUUGUUGUGAUCAUAAAAUAUUCUAAUUUUCGGUUUUAAGCUUAUGUUAUUUAACAAUGAUCAAUACAAACUUCGAUUGAGAAGGUUUCAGCAAUGUACCAAAGUGGUAUCUUUUCAUUUUAGUUUUACUCAAAUACCGGAAGCUGAGGGACGCGUUUUCGAUUGGAACCCCUGCACACCUUUCACUACUGAUGUAUCCGGCUGCAACAAUGUGACGGUAAGUUAGUGACAUGAAAAAUACCUGUUAACUCUAGGAGCGUGGCAAAUACAAAACUUUCAUGAAGGACCUGUUAGUCCAUAACACAGUGAAUUUAAUAAUGAUAUUGAAAUAGCAAAAAUUAACCAACAAGUAACAACCAACUCACUUUAAAUGGUGUUUUAUGGUGACUUGUCUCUGAAAACACUAAAUGCUUGCAUGCAUAAUCACCCAAAAUGUUUGCCUGUACACUGAAAGCAGCUUUAAGGGUAGGGGUGGCCAGCCCGGCCUACUUGUUUGUUUUGGGUUUCACUUUUUGUGAAGGUUUUGAUCCUGAACCCAGUGCAGUUGUCCACGAGAUACCAUUUUCCCCCACCCAUUUUCAGCUCGGACCCGGCGUUCAAAACUUGUACUGGAAAUUUCGGUGGCUAGCUUAUACAAAUCAGCAAAUAUAUGAAGACGAGUGUCUGUAUAAAAAUUUGAUAAUUUUGAUUCUCCCUCCUCAGUCUUGUCAAAAGAAUAAAUUGUAAAAAUUAUCAAAGAAAAAUUUUACUGAAGCCAGUGGACCUUCAAAUGAACUUGUCUUAAUAGUCCUGAAGGACUUUACGUCGUUCCCUCAUAUGUCCUAAAUGACCUUAAAAGCCUUUAUCGGCUCCUGUUUCACCCACCGAGUCCCGAGCUUGAAAAGAAUUUCCGUAAAGUCAGUAUUUGCUAGCCUGUGUUGCAACCGGCCCGCGCACUCGUCAAAACCAUUUGUAUAGUCUAUACAGAAGGUUGAGAACGUCUGCUACGCAGGCAAGUACUUGUCAAUCAAUCAUAAUUCAGCUCUUAUCUUUGUGGAGCUAACACGCGUGGGGUUUUCGGGUGGGCAUCUUAGCUUAGGGGCAGUGGCCGACAGUGACACUGAGCAAGUUUUUAAAUUAUAGGGACAAAUAGCAGAGUUUCCGCGCGCGCGCGCUAGUCCCAUACCUAAGAGAAAAUGGGAACCCAUCGAUAUCAUCGAUACCAGAAAAUUUGGUUAUAAUGACGUCACCGUACGCCCGUACGUCCGUACGAACUUUGGAGGAGGGGAAGGGAGUAAGGAGUCAGCCCGACUAGGGAAGGGUUAUACGUUUGCUAGCGCUACAUUUUUUCGGCGGGAAACGCUUUUGGGCAACCUGCUUUCUGUUUGGCGGGAAAUCGCGUGGCCAUCGUCGCUCUGAAAAAAAGGUUUUCUCUUUAUGAAAUAGUUGACAGCUGUAUUUUAAUGUAUACAUUGACGUGGAUAACAGGAAAAGAACAGGAGCCCAUAUGGGCUCCUGGAAAGAGCUAGAGCGAGAGAUAAAAAACAAAGGAGACAAAUUUCGAUGGAAGAAAAACAUGAAAAAUUUAUAGCCGCGGUGAGAAAAUGCGAAAUGCUAACGGCCACGAAGGUGAAAACUAGCGGCAGCAAAAGAAAAGUGAACAAGAACACAUACAAAAUUUCCUCCAUAGAACGUGUAACAAGAAAGUUUCUGGAAAUUUCGAUUCAGGUUGUAGUGGAGCAAAACAACGGCAGCGAAAUGUACAAAAAAAGUGUUCUGCACGUGCAAAGUUGUUUUUUUGCUAAUUAAACCUACUGGUUUAUUUUGGCUGUCUUCGUUGCCGUCGCCGCUUAGCAUUACACGACUUUAUAUUUUGUUUGAGUAAACUAUAGAUAUUAACUGGGAGCUUCGCUUUGAGCCCUGCCUAAAUCUAUAUGACGUCCUAUGUAUUAAAUUAUGUAGAUCGCAUGGGUUUUCUUGGAGGUAAAGAACGAAUUCGAAUACCUACAAUAAGCAUUCAUUCCUCGAAGCUCUUCUAAGCGGUACAUCAUUGAAUACACUGGUUUCAAAGCUGAGUCCCAAAAGCGUGGUCUAGGAUCCCCGACUGAAAUAACUGAAACUCUGUUAGAAAAGUUCUCAGAAGGGAGCAAAGCUUAUGCGUUAAACAACGACAAAAAUAAUUAAGAUGAAAUGAAUUUUCGAUGAGCAGUUACACUUCGUAGCGGAAGAAUGGUCAAAGCCAAGUCAAAGUUCUUAAAAAAUCAUUUCUUACUAGAUUGUAAGGCUUAUUCUCAGAUCAGAGACAUAUUUUUCUCCAAACUAGAAACUAAAAUACCUGACUUCAAAUCACUUUCACACGAUACUUUAAUAUCUCUUCUUAUGAAUUCUUCUGAUUAUUUAAUUAACUGUCAAUUAGUUUCAUUUAUCUCGCAAUGCUUUGAAUUAAGAACCAAAUUAAUAUCAAUGAAUGAAUGAAUGANUAGUCAUCAUCAGUUUACCGGUACCCUCACCUACAUUGUAUGUUCACCUGACUUGUCUACUGCCUCUGUUACUUCUAUUUCUCUGCGAUAGCUCGCAGGGUAUGCGGCGAGAGGCUCAAAAGGCAAAACAUCAACCGUACUGAUGGCCGAAUUUAUACAAGAGACGAAUUAUCCGUGUAGACGUACCCGUCUCAGACGGAUAAUUCGUCUCUGGUAUAAAUUCGGUGCUAUUAAGACGAAUUAUGAAGCAAAAUUCGUCUGAGGCUGAUUCGUCAGUUAGCACGUCUUGAAGACGUGCAAACAGACGGAUAAUUCGUCUUAGACGGAUUAUCCGUCUCUAAAUUUAUAUCUAGACGGAACUUAGACAUGCAGUUUUUUGACGAAGUUUCCACGUGAGAGGGACUGGUUUCUUUAUUUUGGCAAUGUUUCCUAGGAUAAAUAAAUAUUUUCGAGACAAAUUAUUCGUCAACGAAAUUUAUCCGUGUUCGGAUUGAUACUUCGACGAAUUAUACGUCUGAUGGAUAAUCCGUCUAGACUUAUAACUUGUCUCUAUAGUAUAAAUUCGGCCAUCAACUCUGCAGACAGCAGCAUUCUGAACAGGUGUAGCCAUCCGCUGCCCUUUUACUUCGUAAAAAUUCUGUGAAACGUGAACACGGAAUUUUAAUCACAAUGAUGAGUUAUUUUUACUUUUUAAAGUCCGUGAUACGAGCGUAAGACCCUCCCUUUUACCCCUCCCCCCUCUCUUCUCCCUUUCAUGCAGUUUGCUCUCCGCACAUUACAACGUCGACUUGUUGUGAUCAUAAAAUAUUCUAAUUUUCGGUUUUAAGCUUAUGUUAUUUAACAAUGAUCAAUACAAACUUCGAUUGAGAAGGUUUCAGCAAUGUACCAAAGUGGUAUCUUUUCAUUUUAGUUUUACUCAAAUACCGGAAGCUGAGGGACGCGUUUUCGAUUGGAACCCCUGCACACCUUUCACUACUGAUGUAUCCGGCUGCAACAAUGUGACGGUAAGUUAGUGACAUGAAAAAUACCUGUUAACUCUAGGAGCGUGGCAAAUACAAAACUUUCAUGAAGGACCUGUUAGUCCAUAACACAGUGAAUUUAAUAAUGAUAUUGAAAUAGCAAAAAUUAACCAACAAGUAACAACCAACUCACUUUAAAUGGUGUUUUAUGGUGACUUGUCUCUGAAAACACUAAAUGCUUGCAUGCAUAAUCACCCAAAAUGUUUGCCUGUACACUGAAAGCAGCUUUAAGGGUAGGGGUGGCCAGCCCGGCCUACUUGUUUGUUUUGGGUUUCACUUUUUGUGAAGGUUUUGAUCCUGAACCCAGUGCAGUUGUCCACGAGAUACCAUUUUCCCCCACCCAUUUUCAGCUCGGACCCGGCGUUCAAAACUUGUACUGGAAAUUUCGGUGGCUAGCUUAUACAAAUCAGCAAAUAUAUGAAGACGAGUGUCUGUAUAAAAAUUUGAUAAUUUUGAUUCUCCCUCCUCAGUCUUGUCAAAAGAAUAAAUUGUAAAAAUUAUCCAGCUCUUUAGAGCAAAGUGUUUCAACUAUAAUUGUUUUUGGUCGUGGGCUUUGGCUUUUAAAUGCAUAUACAAAUCAGCAAAUUUAUGCAGAGCAGUGAGUAUCCAAAACAUUUUUUAAUUUUAAUUUUUUUUUUCGCAGUCUUGUCAAAUUGUUGACGUUCAAAAUUACCCAGCUGGGAUAGCAAACACCACUUUUUCUGUGAACAGUGAAGGCAAUGUAGUUAUCAUAUAUGGAGCAUCGAAAAGUCAUUCUGACAAGACAGGGAGGUAUUUUGCAACAUUUAUUUAUUUUCAAACCAGAAUCUACGAUUGAGGGAAAGGGUCAAAGAAUAACUGGUCUACGAGUCAACGGAUUUUUUUGUCCCUUUUUUCAUAAUUUUCCAUAAACUCCGAAAAUUUUGACAAGAGAAAUGACUUAUUUGAAGCCAGCACUCAAGCUCUUUUCCCUGGCUGACUAGAUUACUGUUUGAAUUUUCCAACAAAUUUUACAUUUUUUGGCCUUUGGAUGCCGGGGUAGCGAAACCCUCUUGACCCUUGUGGACUGGUUCAAAAUUUAAGGAGUAGUGUGACUGUUUCUCAUAAUCAAAUAUUACAUUAGGCUCUGCUUAUGCCAGGGAAAACCAGUUAAUGUAUCCCGUUAUAACAAACCUUCUAAUGUUAUCUCCUGAAAAAUAUGCAUGUUUCAGAAAGAUGACGGUCAAUUCUGCAAAACUUAUAUCAGUGGCAAUUAAUAGCCUGGAAUGGAUCUUAAUACCUGAGAUUUAGCAUCCACAACAAUUGCAUUAGAGCGGUUUUCACUUGACUGUCGAAAUUAAUUGAGGAAUUGGUUUGGUUUUGGUUUUACUACGCCCUUUGGUUGGCUAGUGUAUUUACUUUGGUUUUGGUUUUACGACAGUCAAGUGAAAACCGCUCUAAUAUAUGAUGGAUAUUAAAUGAGUCAGGAAAUUUUGUUAAUUUUAUAUCAACUGUUUCAGGUAAUGCCGGGCUAGAGAGAUGGUAUAGCUGUUGUAGAUCUAAUUGAUAUAUGGUUUAUCUAGGCAAACAGAAAUUACACUGAGGUGUGAUCCAGACAAACCAGGCAAAGGAACCAUACCAAGCCUUACAGGGACAAUUCAUCCCUCAGGACAUGUCUUAUAUGUAAAUAUAUUAGAGUAUUUUGACUUUUAACCUUUUUAUAAUCAUAGAGCAGAAGCAGUGAGUGAUCACUGAUGAGCAUGAAAAAUAGGUUAUUUAUUCAUUGUGACCAAAUAUAAGAAUAUCAAAUAAGAAGAGGUGAACAAGUAAAGCACACCAAAAAAAUGUACAUAGAUUAUGAGUCAUACCUUGUUAUUACAUUGGUACCACUGCAGUUUUAUGCAAUGAUUUAAGAAUGGCUUUUGGUCCAAAAAGAUACCCUGUUCAAGACGCUAAAUGGUAACAUCAUACCCUGUACAAGGCUUGACCCUGAAAACCACACCCUGUUCAGUGUCACAUACCCGUAUAGGCAAAUAAGGGAGGGCCCCCAGUAUGUCACUCACACCCACUUAUUCACCUGGGUGAUUGAAGAGGAUGAGACCAACAGGGUCGGGAGGUUUACUAAACAAGAGAGACUGUAAAGCUUGAACACAGACCUACAGCAACAAAAGAAUGGGGUGUAAUCAUUAAGCCACCACACUAACACUGGGUCCCUGGGGUUGGACAUUAGCAGCUUUAGUGUGGCUUGUGAAUCGUGUAUUUACCUACCCCAGGGGUACCCCCUAGGUUUUGACAUGCACUUGGUUACCGCCUCGAAACCAAGACAAGUAAGAUUUCUUCGUAAAGGUCCAGCCAUUUGCCGCUGAUUGGCUUGUCAUUCAAGGUCUCGGUAAAUUUGGGUGUUUUUAAAAAGCAUAAUUUCUCAACUUGAUACGUUUCUUAAUUUUGUUUUAAUAAAGUGACAACUUCAGCUAUCAAUACCAAAAACAUUAAGUCAGCGGUUUUAAGUUGAUUGUGAAUGAUACCACGGGUGUGGCAUUUGCCAUCUUCCUGCAUUCUUCGUCAAUUUGGCAGUUUUAGUGUCCCUACCCCCAGGUAUUUAGCAUCCAAGAGAAACUGUACUAAUGCCAGAGCAUUUAUCCAGGGGGUGAGGGAUGGGCACAACUUGAACUGACCGAUAUGUAUAAAAAAGAGCCAUAAUGGGACAUGCUCUUGGUAUAAAUCAUUCAAGACCUCUCUUGCGCAAUCUUAAAUUUGAAGACAUUUUCAUUACUGCCGCUCGGUUAUGGAAUGACAUUGUAGCUUAAGCAUAUCAUUUUUACAAAACAUAUAUUUAUUGCUUAAGUAACACCAGAAAAAUAAUUGCUUUUCAGAAUGGAACAUUUACUUCCAAAUUCGCCUGUGCCUUUCCAACUCACCAAACUCUGCCUGGUGAUCCUGUGCAACAGAAGGAUGAAGUGAUAAACUAA